UGACGUGAACAUUUGGCGCCAGUUUUUCCACCAGCGGAAAGCUAUUCAGAGCUGACAACAAACAGACACGUCCCUGUUCACGUCGCUGUAGUUUUAUAGUUUUUAAUUCUAUCGUCUUGUCUCCUGUUCAAGGGUUUUAACAUGUUCGUCACGGACAUUAGAAAGGAGUUUUAUGAAGUCGUUUCUAACCAGAGAGUUGCUCUCCUGGUUGCAUCAGACAUUGAUGCACUGUGUGCCUGUAAGAUACUGCAGGCGCUGUUUCACUGUGACCAGGUCCAGUACACACUUGUGCCCGUGACUGGCUGGCAAGACCUGGGCACUGCCUUUUUUGAACACAAGGAGCAGUUCAAAUACUUUGUGCUCAUCAACUGUGGGGCUAAUGUUGACCUGCUGGAGAUGCUGCAGCCAGGUGACGACUCAGUCUUCUUCAUCUGUGACACUCACCGUCCUGUAGAUGUCAUCAAUGUCUACAAUGACACACAGAUAAAGCUGCUCAUCAAACAGGACGAUGACCUGAGCGUGCCAGCAUAUGACGAUAUUUUCCAGGAUGAUGACGAGGACGAAGAAGGAGGCGACUCUGGAAAUGAGAGUGAUGGAGGCUCAGAGCCGUCUGGCAAACGGAGAAGAUUUGACGAAGGGGCGUUAGAGAGGAGAAUUGACAGACAGAGAGCCAGGAGGGAGUGGGAAGCACAAAGGAGGGACAUCCUGUUUGAGUACGAGCAGUAUGAGUACCAUGGGACGUCGGCUGCAGUGAUGUUUUUUGAACUUGCGUGGGUGUUAACCAAAGACACCAAGGACAUGCUUUGGUGGGCCAUCAUUGGACUGACAGACCAGUGGGUUCAUGAUAAAAUCACACACAUGAAGUACGUCACCGACAUCGCCACAAUGCAGCGACACGUUUCCCGGCACAACCACAGAAACGAGGACGAGGAGAACAUGCUGUCCAUCGACUGCAUGAAGAUUUCCUUUGAAUAUGACCUGCGUUUAACCCUCUACCAACACUGGACUCUUUACGACAGCAUCUGUAAUUCCUGCUACACGUCCUGCUAUUUCAAGCUUUGGACGUUAAACGGACAGAAAAAACUCCAGGAGUUUCUGGCUGACAUGGGACUUCCUCUGAAACAAGUGAAGCAGAAAUUUACUUCCAUGGACAUGACGAUCAAAGAGAACCUAAGGGACGUGAUUGAGGAAUCUUCAAAUAAAUAUGGGAUGAAGGAUGUACGGAUUCAGACCUUUGGUGUUCAUUUUGGUUUUAAGAACCGUUUUCUGGCCAGUGACAUGGUUCACGCAUGCGCUGCACUGUUGGAGAGCACGGAGAAAAGUGACGGCGACAACUUCAUCAACGCUCUUGACUCGCUUUCCAGGAGUAACCUAGAUCAUUUAUACUCUGGCAUUGACCUGGCCAAAAAGAAGCUGCUGGCCAUCCAGCAGACUGUAGCCAGCUGCAUCUGCACCAACCUCAUCCUGUCUCAGGGACCCUUCCUCUACUGCUACCUGAUGGAGGGAACUCCUGACGUGAAGAUCUUCUCUAAACCUGUGGCUUUGACUCUUCUCUCCAAAUACCUUCUCAAAGCUUUUGUCCAAUCAACCAGGAAUAAACGCUGUAAACUGCUUCCACUCAUCAUGGCUGCUCCUAAGGAUCUGGAGAAGGGAACAGUGAUUGUCGUAGGGAUUCCACCAGAGUCAGAGACGUCAGACAAAAAGAACUUCUUUGGUCGGGCGUUUGAGAAAGCAGCAGAGAGCACCAGCUCCAGAACUCUUCAUGACCAUUUUGACACAUCCAUAAUUGAACUGAAGUCAGAGGACAGGAGUAAGUUUCUGGACGCUCUCAUCACCCUCCUGUCAUGAGACACACAUGUGAGCAUGAAAUGUGAAGAUGUGGAAUCUGAGCUGGAGGUGUUUUUUCUCACUGUGCUCAAACUGAGGUGCAGUGCCAACAGCACAUCAACUUGAAAUCAUGUUUUUGUACGACAUCCGUGAUUUUAAUAUCCGUGUGUGUGCGUUUGUGUGAAUUGUACAGUGUUUUAACUGUGUGAACGUCUUAUUUCUGCUUUUAUGUUCUUUUUUAUUUGUGUCAUUUAUUCACUCACAGUACACUUUUAAUAUGUUCAAUGAACCAUAAUAAAUUACAUCAUGAUUGUUUGUUUUUAGACAUGAA